GAGUUCGGAGCCUGGAGUCGUGCGCCGGAGUCAGAACUGCGUCUCGCGACCCAGGCGCCGGGUGUGGAGGUAGAGCGGACGAACGAUGCUGCCGCUGCCGCUUCCUGAUUGGCUGCGAGUGGUUCCCUCUUCGUUCUGAUUGGCAGCUGUUGAGCUAGAUGAUGCUGAGCAAGGGCCUUAAGCGCAAGCGGGAGGAGGAGGAGAAGGAAGCCCUGGCUGUUGAUGCCUGGUGGCUGGAUCCUAGUCUCCCAGCAGUGACACAGGCACCACCGGCCGUGGCCUCCAACUCCCUCUUUGACCUUUCGGUGCUCAAGCUGCACCACAGCCUGCGGCAAAGUGAGCCAGACCUGAGGCACCUGGUGCUGGUAGUGAACACACUACGGCGCAUCCAGGCAUCUAUGGCACCGGCAGCUGCCCUGCCACCUGUGCCCACCCCACCUGCAGCCCCUGGAGUGGCUGACAACCUCCUGGCCAGCUCAGAUGCCGCCCUCUCAGCCUCCAUGGCCAGCCUUCUGGAGGACCUCAGCCAUAUUGAGGGCCUGAGCCAGGCCCCCCAGCCUCUGGCAGAUGAGGGGCCACCAGGCCGCUCCACUGGGGGAGCCCCACCUGGCCUGGGUGCUUUGGACCUGCUGGGCCCAGCCACUGGCUGUCUGCUGGACGAUGGGCUUGAGGGCCUGUUUGAGGACAUCGACACCUCCAUGUAUGACAGUGAACUUUGGGCGCCGGCCUCUGAGUGCCUCAAACCUGGCCCUGAGGAUGGGCCUGGCAAGGAAGAAGCGUUGGGCCUGGAUGAGGCCGAGCUGGACUACCUCAUGGACGUGCUGGUGGGCACACAGGCACUGGAGCGGCCACCAGGGCCAGGGCGCUGACAUCCAGGGCUGGGAUGGUUGUCUGCUGUCCAAACUGAGCCUGGUAGCUGGACCAACUCUCCUUGGAACAACACAUCUGUUUCCCUAAAAUAGAGCAAGGGGCUCUGGAGAGACAGAUCUAGUCCCAGGUGAACUUCACCUUCAUCCUUGUCUCAAACUGAUGGGGGUAGUCUGGGAUUGGCCCUCAUGAUAGAGUGACAGAGCUUGGUGGCAAGAAGGUAACUGGACCAGGCCCUGUGCUGGACUGAAUCCCCAGAGGUCAUAGCCUGGGGUAUUGUUACCCUCAUGGGGGAAGAGAACCCAGACAGUUUUUUGACAUUAAAACCAACCCUGGGAAGUCUCAA